AUGCCCACAUAUCUUAUCUAUGUUGAUACUCAUUCCGAUUUUUGGCGUAUGAUUUAUCAGUUCAAUGUACGAAUUAUUGUUAUGGUAAAACCAGUCAAAGAACCAGGUCAACCGCCUGUUCAGUAUUGGCCAUUGACUGCACAGGAUGAACGAACAUACGGUUUAUAUCAUAUUAAAUUUGUUCAGAUUCACACAGAAAAUGAAUAUUUUAGAGUUACACAAUUAGAAUUAACAAAAACAUCCAAUCCAAAUGUAAGUAAUUAUUUCUGA